AUGGUCGAGCAGGCUCGCAAGCUGAGCAGUGACAACCCCAACAUUACGGUUAAGCAGGGCGGGGCAGAGGACCUUUCUUUCCUCGCCGCCAAUGCCGUCGACUGUGUGGUUGCCGGCCAAGCGGCGCACUGGUUCGACUACUCCAAGGUCUGGCCGGCACUUGCACGGGUCGUGAAGCGUGGCGGAACCUUGACUUUCUGGGGUUACAAGGACCUCAUCAUCGUUGGGCGACCGGAAACGACGCCCAUCUUUGACAAGUUCAUCUACGGCGAGACGGAGCCGGUGCCGGGCGUGGAGAGCAUGAUGCGUUUUUGGGAGCAACCCGGCCGGAACAUAUUGCGGGAUUCAUACCCGGAGGUGGUCCCUCCCCAGACGGAGUGGGAACAUGUGGUCCACAUUGCUUGGGAUCCCGAUCGUGUGACGGGUGAUAUUAGCGAUGCGCCGGAAGAGGCGACCUGGUUACGGCGGAGGCUCAAGUUGGGCGAGCUGGAGGGCUAUCUUCGCACGUACAGCGCGUUCAGUGGUUGGAGGAGCGCCCAUCCCGACAUGAAGAGUAGGGCGGACGGAGGAGACGGCGACAUUGUUGACUUGAUGUUUGACGAGGUUGUCGCUGCGGUACCGGAAUGGAAAGCGGCCGGGGAUCGACGGGCUGAAAUCGAGGUUGAUGCGAUUUGGGGAACCGUUCUGUUGAUGGCGAAGAGACGAUGA